AUGUCUGAAGUUGAUAAAGUUGCUGAACAAGUACAAAAGACAUACUUAGAUGAUGUCACUGGUGAACAAGUUUCCAAAACAGAAUUAAAAAAGAGACAAAAGCAAAGGGCCAUUGAAGCUAGAAAAGCUCAAAAAGCACCAGCUGCUGCUCAAACUUCUGCCAAGUCAUCCAAAAAGAAGAACGAAUUUGCUGAUUUGAACCCAAACCAAUUCCACGAGAUCAGGUCUCGUCAAAUUGAAGAAUUGAGAGAAAAGAAUAAUGCUGAUCCAUCUGCAUUCAAUCCUUAUCCUCAUAAAUUCGAAGUCACCAAGAGAUUACACGAUUUUGUUAAGGAGUACAGUCACUUGAAGAGAGGCGAAUCAUUGAAAGAUGUUACUCUUCAAGUUACUGGUAGAAUUAUGACCAAGAGGGAAUCCGGAUCCAAAUUGAAAUUCUAUGUUUUGAAAGGUGAUGGUGUUGAAAUUCAAGUUAUGGCUCAAGCUCAAGAUGCAGAUUCACCAGAAGCCUUUGAAGAAAUGCACGAUAUUUUGAAAAGAGGUGAUAUUAUUGGUGUUACUGGUUAUCCAGGUAGAACCACCCCAGCUAAAGGUGGUGAAGGUGAAUUAUCAAUUUUCGCUCAAAAGGUGCAAUUAUUAACUCCAUGUUUACACAUGUUGCCAACGGAGCAUUAUGGUUUCAAAGAUCAAGAAGCUAGAUAUAGAAAACGUUACUUGGAUUUGAUUAUGAAUGAUUCAAGUAGAGAAAGAUUUAGAGUUAGAUCCAAAAUUAUUCAAUAUAUCAGAAAGUUUUUGGACCAGCGUGAUUUCGUUGAAGUUGAAACCCCGAUUUUGAAUGUUAUUGCUGGUGGUGCCACUGCUAGACCAUUUACCACUCAUCAUAAUGAUUUAAAUAUGGAAAUGUUCAUGAGAAUUGCACCAGAAUUGUUUUUGAAAGAAUUGGUUGUCGGUGGUAUGGAUAGAGUUUAUGAAAUUGGAAGACAAUUUAGAAAUGAAGGUAUUGACAUGACCCAUAACCCAGAAUUCACCACUUGUGAAUUUUAUCAAGCAUAUGCUGAUGUAUAUGAUUUGAUGGACAUGACCGAAAUGAUGUUUUCGGAGAUGGUUAAGGAAAUCACUGGUGAUUACAAAAUCACCUAUCACCCGGAUGGCCCAGAAGGAGAAGCCAUGACUUUAGAUUUCUCAAGACCAUGGAAGAGAGUUAAUAUGAUUGAAGAAUUGGAAAAAGUCUACAAUGUUAAAUUCCCAGCUGGUGAUCAAUUACAUACUGCUGAAACUGGUGAAUUUUUGAAAAAAGUAUUAAAGGACAAUAAUUUAGAAUGUUCACCACCAUUAACCAAUGCUAGAAUGUUGGAUAAAUUAGUUGGUGAAUUAGAAGAUGCAUCAAUCAAUCCAACAUUCAUCUUUGGUCAUCCACAAAUGAUGUCUCCAUUGGCUAAAAAAGAUAGAAACAUUCCAGGAUUGUGUGAAAGAUUCGAGGUGUUUGUCGCCACUAAGGAAAUUUGUAAUGCAUACACAGAGUUGAAUGAUCCAUUUGAUCAAAGAGCAAGAUUUGAAGAACAAGCUAGACAAAAAGCUCAAGGUGAUGAUGAAGCUCAAAUGGUUGAUGAAACUUUCUGUAAUGCUUUGGAAUAUGGUUUGCCACCAACUGCUGGUUGGGGUUGUGGUAUUGAUCGUUUGGCUAUGUUUUUGACUGAUUCAAAUACUAUUAGAGAAGUUUUGUUGUUCCCAACUUUGAAACCAGAUGCCUUGGUUUUGAAAGGUGAAGAACCUUUGAAGAAUGAAGAAGAGAAGUAG